GACAAUUUGGGAAUUUAUUUUUUGACAUUUAAAUAUUUUUGACAACCAAAUAUCUAACUAUCCUUUUCUUUUGUCUUAAUUCACGUCGCUCAGACAGCAGAAGUUUUUACAUAAUUCAACUGAGAACGAAAAAUUCAGUGCUUAAACCAUGUCACUGACUCAAGUUGUUCGUAGCUGUAGCCGUGGCUUCAAUGUUGCAGCAAAUGCUGUUCGUGCAAAUGGUCGGCGUAUUGCUCCAGCAAUUGUUCCUGCUAUUCGCAAGAUGCACAUGAAUCCUGCACCGGCGAUUUGCACUAAGAUCAAUCAAGACAGAAGGAGUCUUUGGCAGUCGCAAUCGAUACGCUUUUAUUCGGGUUUACCACCACUUUCAUUGAAAUUAAUCAAAGAACGUGUUCUACUGGUGUUGAACUUGUACGAUAAGGUUGAUCCUAAAAAGCUCUCCGUUGACUCACAUUUCAUUACCGAUCUUGGUCUUGAUUCAUUGGAUCAUGUUGAAGUUAUCAUGGCAAUGGAAGAUGAAUUCGGUUUUGAGAUUCCCGAUGCUGAUGCUGAGAAGCUUUUGAGGCCUGCCGAUAUUAUUCGAUACGUUGCCGACAAAGAAGAUGUUUAUGAAUAAAAAACAAAACAAAAAAUGUGUAAUUAAUUAUUAAAUAAACAAAAAUUAACUAACUUUAAAAAAACAACGUGUUAAUGAAACAAAAUACCUACCAAAAAAAAUAUAAAAUUGUCUUGAACAAGAAAUAAGAAUGUUAAAACGAAGUAUGACAACUUUUAAACAACUGCCUCUUAAUGUGUUUAUCAUUUAGUUUGCCAUAAUUCCGCGUAAAGCUUCUUUAGAAUGUUAAAAGAUGGCAUACGAUUCAAUAAAAACACCUCAAUAAAAAACACCCUA